UUCUUCUGCGGCACCGGUCAUGGCCAUGGCGUCCACCACCAUGACCGGUCUAGUUACAGGUUCUCAGCAGAGAAACGAGGUACAUGUGUUGCAUGGCAACGAGGCUCGGUCACCCACACGCCAAUCUGUUACGAAAAUAUGUAGAGUUUGUGGAGAUGAGAUUGGAUUUAAGGAAGAUGGGGAGUUGUUCGUGGCUUGUUACGAGUGUGGGUUCCCAGUUUGUCGACCUUGUUACGACUAUGAGAGGAGUGAAGGUAACAAGUGCUGUCCCCAGUGCAACACUCGCUACAAACGUCACAAAGGUUGUCCUAGAGUGGCAGGAGAUGCAGAAGAUGAUGGUGAUGCAGAUGACUUCGUUAAUGAAUUUCAGAUUAAGGGUCACCCUGAUUCCCCUGUUCGUAAUCAUGUUGUACCUCACUCGGAAACUGGGGACUAUAACCCACAACAAUGGCAACAGCCCAAUGGCCCAGCUUUCAAUUCCGUUGCUGGAAGCAUUGCUGGUAAAGAUUUUGAAGGUGAUAAGGACUUGGAAAAUAAUGAUGAAUGGAAAGAGAGGGUAGAGAAGUGGAAAGCAAAGCAAGAAAAGAGAGGAUUAGUGAGCAAAGAAGAUGGAGGAGGAAAUGAUCAAGGCGAAGAAGAAGACGAUUAUCUGAUGGCCGAAGCCCGGCAACCAUUAUGGCGAAAAGUCCCAAUUUCAUCGAGCAAGAUUAGCCCGUAUCGCAUAGUCAUUGUUCUCCGACUUGUCAUCCUUGCUUUCUUCUUCCGUUUCCGUAUAUUAACCCCAGCAACUGAUGCUUAUCCCUUGUGGCUCAUCUCUGUUAUUUGUGAAAUAUGGUUUGCCCUGUCAUGGAUACUAGAUCAGUUCCCCAAGUGGUACCCCAUCAACCGUGAGACUUAUUUAGAUCGCCUUUCAUUGCGGUUUGAGCGUGAAGGCGAGCCUAACCGUCUUGCACCAGUUGAUUUCUUUGUCAGUACAGUUGAUCCAUUGAAGGAACCACCAAUCAUAACAGCUAAUACAGUUCUCUCAAUCCUUGCUGUGGACUACCCAGUUGAGAAGGUGAGCUGUUAUGUGUCUGAUGAUGGUGCUUCAAUGCUCCUCUUUGAUACAUUAUCAGAAACAGCUGAGUUUGCAAGGAGAUGGGUACCAUUUUGCAAGAAGUACAACAUUGAGCCAAGGGCUCCUGAGUUCUACUUCUCCCAGAAGAUGGACUACUUGAAGGAUAAGGUUCAGCCAACUUUUGUGAAGGAACGCAGAGCCAUGAAGAGAGAGUAUGAAGAGUUCAAGGUGAGGAUUAAUGCAUUGGUGGCAAAGGCUCAGAAGAAACCUGAAGAAGGUUGGGUGAUGCAGGAUGGGACACCAUGGCCAGGGAACAAUACUAGAGAUCAUCCAGGAAUGAUUCAGGUAUACCUAGGAAGUGAAGGUGCCCUUGAUGUGGAAGGUAAGGAGCUUCCUCGACUUGUUUAUGUCUCGCGUGAAAAACGACCUGGAUAUCAACACCACAAGAAGGCUGGUGCCAUGAAUGCUAUGGUCCGGGUCUCUGCAGUACUCACCAAUGCACCAUUCAUGCUGAACCUUGAUUGUGAUCACUACAUCAACAAUAGCAAGGCUGUAAGGGAAGCUAUGUGCUUUCUGAUGGAUCCUCAGCUUGGAAAAAAGCUCUGCUAUGUCCAGUUCCCACAGAGGUUUGAUGGUAUCGAUCGCCACGAUAGAUAUGCUAACAGGAAUAUUGUAUUCUUCGAUAUCAACAUGAGAGGUUUAGAUGGGAUCCAAGGACCAGUAUAUGUAGGAACUGGUUGUGUCUUCAACCGUCCAGCAUUGUACGGGUACGACCCACCAGUGUCAGAAAAGCGACCAAAAAUGACAUGUGACUGCUGGCCUUCCUGGUGCUGUUGUUGUUGUGGCGGUUCUAGGAAAUCAAAAAAGUCAAAGUCAAAGAAGGGAGAGAAAGGAUUGUUUGGAGGGUUUUAUGGCAAGAAAAAGAAAAUGAUGAAGAAGAGUUACACCAAGAAAGGAUCCUCGGUCUUUGAUCUGGAAGAGAUUGAGGAAGGGCUUGAAGGUUAUGAGGAGUUGGAGAAAUCUUCCCUCAUGUCACAGAAGAACUUUGAGAAACGGUUCGGGCAAUCACCAGUGUUCAUUGCAUCAACACUCAUGGAAGAAGGUGGUCUUCCUCAGGGGACCAACAAGACUACCCUUGUUAAAGAGGCUAUUCAUGUUAUUAGUUGUGGCUAUGAAGAGAAAACUGAAUGGGGCAAAGAGAUUGGGUGGAUUUAUGGAUCAGUUACAGAAGAUAUAUUGACAGGGUUCAAGAUGCACUGCAGAGGAUGGAAGUCGGUGUAUUGUAUGCCUAAUAGACCUGCUUUUAAGGGUUCAGCACCAAUAAAUCUUUCUGAUCGGUUGCACCAAGUUCUGAGGUGGGCUCUUGGAUCGGUUGAAAUAUUCCUUAGCCGUCACUGCCCUCUCUGGUAUGGCUAUGGAGGAAAAUUGAAGUGGUUGGAGAGACUUGCUUAUACUAACACCAUUGUUUACCCAUUCACUUCCAUUCCCUUGCUUGCCUAUUGCACUAUUCCGGCUGUUUGUCUUCUCACUGGAAAAUUCAUCAUUCCUACUCUGACCAACCUGGCUAGUGUAUGGUUCAUGGCUCUCUUCCUCUCCAUUAUCGCAACUGGUGUACUAGAGCUCCGGUGGAGUGGUGUCAGUAUCCAUGACUGGUGGCGUAAUGAACAGUUCUGGGUGAUUGGAGGUGUCUCAGCCCAUCUGUUUGCAGUCUUCCAAGGCCUCCUUAAAGUCCUUGCAGGAGUUGACACCAACUUCACUGUAACUUCAAAGGCUGCAGAGGAUUCUGAGUUUGGGGAGCUUUAUCUCUUCAAAUGGACUACACUUCUAAUCCCACCAACCACACUAAUUAUCUUGAAUAUGGUUGGAGUGGUCGCCGGAGUUUCCGAUGCCAUUAACAAUGGGUAUGGCUCAUGGGGCCCCUUAUUUGGGAAGUUAUUUUUUGCUUUCUGGGUCAUUCUUCACCUCUAUCCUUUCCUCAAAGGAUUGAUGGGGAGGCAAAACAGGACACCAACCAUUGUUGUCCUCUGGUCAGUUCUUCUUGCAUCAAUUUUCUCUUUGGUUUGGGUUCGAAUUGACCCUUUUUUGCCUAAGCAGACUGGACCGAUUCUUAAACAGUGCGGUGUUGAAUGUUAGUCAUGCCUUUGGGUCCUUGGCUGCCUCUCUACUUUCCCGUCCUUGCAGUUUCUUCUUCUUUUACCCAAUUAUUGAGUCUUCACAUGUUUUGGUGUACAAAGUUGCUGAAGGUGUGACAUUAAACUGUUAUGAUAAAAUUUUGCAGUUCAUGUUCUGAAAUGAGAACCAUUGGCUCUUAUAGUGUAACAAAUACAAUGAAAGCUGUGAAAAUUGGAUUUCUUCA